AUGGAAACAUACCUAACCGUUACCGAAGCGCAACUGGACCCCAAGGAUGUGGCGAAGAAAAUUAUCGCAAAGUUGGGCAGUCCAGACUACCUGUCGGCGGACAACAAUAGGCCUAUCUACAGCCCCAGCGCCGAUGACGUUAAAUGUUUAUGCGAAAGUGUGAAGGAUGUAGCGGAAAAUGAGGAGGGAGUGGCGAAGCCACGCGGGCGGACGAUUGUCGUCGGCGACCUCCAUGGAAAUUUCAACGACCUUUGGCGUAUCAUACAUGCUUGGCUGUCGGAUGUGGUUGGCGGAGGUCCCGGCCAAAACAUCAUGUUCCUCGGAGACAUCGUCGAUCGUGGGCCCCGUCAAAUUGAAUGCCUGAUCCUGAUUAUGGCGUAUAAGGCUCUCUUCCCCUACCAGGUGUGGAUCGUCCGUGGUAAUCACGAAGAGGCCAACAUUUGCGGAAGUUUUCAAAACCAGCUGCUGGUCCGCGGGUACCGCGACGACAAGACUCCAAGCUCACGGACACGCAAAUCGGACGAUGAUGAGCCAAAAGCAAAAGGCGUAGACGCAAUCGAUCUGCUUCUCGAACUCUUCGAAAGUCUGCCUGUGGUUGGGCAAAUUGAUGAACGCAUUGUGUGCAUGCACGGCAUGUUAGCAAACGAACUGAACAAAAAGCUUCUGCGAGACGGAUAUAAAUUCCACGACACCUCUUACGACACCAUGAACAGGCAACUGCGCUGGAACGAUCCGUGUCAGGUCAACGGGGUACGCCACUACGGCCAGCUUUGGGGCCCAAAGGCCAUCAGAGACGUCAUGGAAGAUCUUGGUGUUGAAUUCAUUCUCCGAGGGCACCAGGCGAUGACGAACGGCGUGCGCAGAUUUGCCAACCUUCCGCUGGCCACCGUCUUCUCAUCGUCGUUCUACCAAGACGAGAAUUUCGGCGCCAUCCUCUACGUCGAUCCUGAGAAAAACGAGAUCGUGCCGAUCUUCAUCGUCAACCACAACGAUAAGAUCGAGACGCAAAAGGACUUUGACGAGGAGCUGCGUGAGGGCUGGAAAGUCGAUGAUUAUGCGGUCAUCCCGGAGGACAUCACGAUGAAGGGAAUGAAGAAG